GAGGGGCGGGCGGCGGCCGCUGGCCCCGGGGAGCCCCCCGAGGCUUCCACCUGGUGCCGCCUGGGGCGGGGCGGUGACCAGCAUAUCCCGGCUCCUUCUUCCUCGGAGCAGCGGGGGUGGAGAGAUAGGGGUUGGGGGAGGUUCCUCUCCAUCGGAAGGAGCUGAGCUGAGCUGAGCGGAGCGGAGCGGAGCGAGGGGAAAGCAUGUGAAAAUUGUGCCUAUUUCUUCAGGUCUGUGGACGUGAGUUGUACAUUGGCGUUAGAGGCAGUAUUUUUGACACGCUUUGCAGAGUGGUGUGAUCCUGACAAGCUUCUUCUGGUGUCAGUAACAGACCUUUCACCAUGAGCAAUUCUACUCCAGCUACAGAUAAUGAGAAGAAAAAAAGUAAAGGAAACAGAUCACCAUGUUCCCCUUCACGUGUCCUUCAUAUUCGUCAAAUUCCAAAUGGUGUUACUAGAGAAGAAGUUGUUUCAUUAGGUUUCCCUUUUGGCAAAGUAACCAAUCUCUUGAUGCUAAGAGGAAAAGGUCAGGCGUUUUUGGAAAUGGCUUCCUUAGAUGCUGCUGUUUCUAUGGUGAACUACUACACUCCUGCUCCACCUCACCUGCACAAUCAGCCAGUUUAUGUUCAGUAUUCCAAUUACAAGGAACUUAGGAUUGACAAUCAACAUAAUCAGGCUAGACCCCAGGCUGCAUGGCAAGGUGUGAAUGCUGUGCAGCAUGGAAACCUGGGCAUUACAAAUUCUCCUGCUGCUGAAGGUGGGGUCCUUCCAAGUCAUGGUUCUGUUCUUCGAAUCAUUGUUGAAAAUACUUUUUACCCUGUCACUUUAGACAUACUGUAUCAGAUUUUCUCUAAAUUUGGCUUUGUCUUGAAGAUUAUCACGUUCCAUAAGAACAAUCAGUUUCAAGCUCUGCUCCAAUAUGCUGAUCCAGCGAAUGCAUAUUAUGCUAAAAUGUCUCUGGAUGGCCAUAGUAUCUACACUGGAUGCUGCACUCUGCACAUUGAUUUCUCCAAGUUAACUAACCUAACAGUGAAGUACAACAAUGACAAAAGCAGGGAUUUCACUCGCAUUGACCUUCCUUUUGGUGAUGGCCAACGAACUAUGGAGACAUCCUUAUCUAUUCCCUUUGCCACCCAAAAUGCCAUCUUUCCAUCACAUACGGUGCCUCCUGGGUUUGCCCCACCCUUGGACUUUCCUCAGGGAGCAGGUCCUUCUGUUCCACCUGGAGCACCUGGUCCUCUCACGGUCACCACAUCAGCAGCGCCUGGACACAUGACUAUUCCUGGUAUUCCAGGAAACUCCGUUUUACUAGUUAGCAACCUCAACCCUGAAGCCAUCACACCUUAUGGACUUUUCAUCCUAUUUGGUGUGUAUGGUGAUGUGCAUCGUGUGAAGAUCAUGUUUAAGAAAAGAGGAAUUGCUUUGGUUCAGAUGGCUGAUGCAACCCAGGCUCAAUUAGCUAUCAACUAUCUGAAUGGACAGAGGCUUUAUGGAAGGGUCAUGUAUGCUACUCUUUCAAAAUAUCAGACAAUUCAACUUCCUCGUGAGGGACAAGAGGACAAAGGUCUGACAAAGGACUACAGCAAUAGCCCUUUACAUCGCUUUAAGAAUCCCAGCUCUAAGAACUUCCAAAAUAUCUUUCCUCCAUCUGCCACCCUGCAUCUCUCCAACAUUCCGCCUUCUGUUACUGUCGAUGAUUUGAAGAACCUUUUUACAAGUAAAGGAUCUACUGUGAAAGGCUUCAAAUUUUUCCAGAAAGAUUGCAAAAUGGCUCUUAUCCAACUGGGCUCUGUGGAAGAAGCAGUUCACGCUCUCAUUGAGCUUCACAAUCAUGACUUUGGAGAAAACCAACAUCUCAGAGUUUCCUUCUCAAAAUCUUCAAUCUGAAUUUUCUGUGAAUUUUCCCUUUAAGGCUGCAUAAUGGUUUUAGUAAAAUCUUCAAAUAGAGACGGAGACAGUUGUGACCAACUCUGUCUCUUGAAAAAAAAACCUCAUUCAUACACAAAGAAUUAAGUGAUGAUUUAUUCUGAUUCUAGCUGGAAGUAUGUCAUCCAUAUAAAGAUUCUUCGGUGAAAUAGUUUUAGCAACAAUAUUUAUUAUCAAAUUUCCUACUUAAAAUUAUAUUUUGAGAACAUCCUUUCAGCUUUUGUUUGAAAUCAAUCUUACAAAACAAUUUAGAGUGCUUUUACAAUGUACCAAACAAGUAUGCUUAAUGAAAAAGUAAAUCUACUCUAGUGCACAUUAAACACUAAUUUGAAUGUGAAGUAGUACUUGGGUUUCUUGAAGAAAAGCAAACAGUAACUGUGAGUAUCCUUUAAAAAUAGUAUUUAUGUUACCAGGGGGUGUGUUCAUACUUUGGUGAAUCUUUACAAAUAACUUGUUUAUAAAAAUAAAACGUCUGUUCUGUUCUUAUAGAUUAAAUUAUUAGAGAAAAGGCAGUGCCUUCUCUCUGUGGAAUAAAAGGUAUUUGACAAGUUUCUUCAAGGUGUGGUAUUGGGGAAUUAGUUUGACUUGACUGUGGAUUGGAAGCUUGAUGUCCUUUUUCUACUAUGAAGAGAUGUGUAAAACAGUACCUUGGAGAAAAUAAAAUAAGCAAAUGGUCUUGAUUUAAAAUAUUUUUUUUACAUUUCUCUAAAUAAUUAAAUGUUUGAAGUUUUGUGGAAAUAUAUUCAGGUCUGUGAUGGUUUCUCAACUUUUUAAGGAACUAUUUUUGCUAAGGUCAUCUUUCAGGGCAGAAAAACUAAACCUCAAGGUUUUUUACCACUCUGAAGUCUAAUACUUAAAUUACUGUGUAUUUACCUAAUUUCUUAUUAUGUGCCUUACUAUAUAUGAAAACGUGUGUAUGAAACAAUAGAUUAGAGUGUUAUCUGAAGUAUCUUGCAAAAAUAUUGUGGGCUUUGUGAAAAUUCUCCUCUUGCUCUUUUUGAAAAUGUUUUCUAUUAUACUGCAAUAUAUAAUUUUUUUCAUUAAUUAAUACUUUGAAUUCUAAUUUCUUGUCCUUUCUUAUGGAGAUUGGAUAUAGAUGGAAAUGAGGUUUCAUUUGUUGUGAAAUCACAUAGGAAUUCUUUAGCUAGUUGCACUUCUCUGAUAGUAGUUCUUCGCCGAUAAAAAAUUCACACCCAGAAAAAAUACACUAAAACAUCAAACAAACCUAUAAAGGAAGGCGAGAAAGCAAAUCCAGUUCAUUUCCUGCACUUCAUCUGAUUUUCUGAGAGACACUGACUGUAUCAGCAUAUAUCUUUCAGGUUUCUGCAUUUCUUAAUUUUUAAUACUUUACAGUGUUAAGGUAAUAGAAUGCUAUCAUUCUUUCCUUUGUGAGUAUGAAAAAAUGUUUGAUACUGAACCUUGAUUCCUCUUUGAGGAUUGAGCUGAGAUGCCGUUAGGUUUUGCCAUGAGUGUACAGGUGAAUACUAAUGACUUUUGAUCGUAUUUUAAUAAGCUGAAUUUCAUUUUAAGAGCUUUUCUUUCCUAAUGUUUUCUUUCACAUAAAUUAAUUGAAAAUUGAUUUAAUUUUACUUUACCACAUUUUAAAGACCAAUUUCUUUCAAACAUGGCAUUCAUUUACUUCUAGCUAUUGCAGAAUCUGUUUCUGCUGCGAUGUUUUGCCAUUCAUAACUGUUUUCGUUCAUUUGAUUUGUAUGGCUUUGUCUUUCUAGAAGAAAAGGUAUGUUUCUACCAUGAUCUAGGUAUUCUGUAGUGAGCUUUCUCAAAUUUUCCCUCUGAAUUAUUUUUGCAAAAUCAGCCUUAUAGUAGCUUGCAGAUACUACCUUGAUGUAUGUAAACUGAUUACAGGUGUAGUGUCAAGAAAGCUUCCCUGUCUGACCAUCCGAAAGCCACUCUGGCAGUCACCUGGACCACCUGAGCUGGGACUACCUGUAACUGGACCCUUCCCAGCAAUGCCCCCACAUUCCCACGGUCGGAACAGGUUUCCUUACUGGGUGGAGUCCAGAUUUUCCACAGCAGUCUCAGGCAUCCCCAACCAUUAAAAUAAUUUCAUCACAGUACAAUUACAAACUGACAGCUUGAGCUGGGGUCUCUGAGGAGGGGCCCAGAACAAAGGAGCUUCUGGGUUUUUGUCUCCUCACCAUUCUAAGCAUGGGAAGGUCUGGGACCAUGGGCUCCUUCUGUGUCUCAGUGUCUGGUCCCCUGGCUGGGCCACAGGUCCCCAGGCCCUUGUUGUGCUGAGGGUCAGCUCUUCAUGGCCUCUUUGCCUGGGCUCCAGCAGCCAGAGCUCCACCUGCAGCUCCCACUGCAGCUGCACCCCAAGCUACCUCUGUGAACGUGUUCCUCAACAGUAGCAGCCAAUCUGACUGCACAGAUGUAGCUAUAAUAAGUGCUGUACAACACAACUAUAUAAAUAUGCAGAAUGUACUAUGUACUGGAAAGUUCAACUGGCUUAGGAAUAAUAUUCCCCUAAGGGUUUUUAUCUUUAGGAUUUCACAGAAUCCCAGAAUUGUGGUGUGGGUUGAUCUUCAUGAGGUUCUCACAGGCUCACCCCUCAGUCUGUCCAGGUCUUUCUGGAUGCUGUCCUUUCCUUCCAGGUGUGUGGACUGCACACACAGCUUGGUGGUGUCAGCAAACUUGCCAAGGAUGCAGUUGAUUCCAUUGUCCAUGUCACCAACAAGGGCGUUUAACACCUGUGGCACUAGUGCUGUUCCUUACAAAACACUACUCAUUUUUGGUCUGUACUUGGACAUCAAGCUGUUGAUCAGAAUGAAUGUGGCCAUACAGCCAAUUUCUUUUCCAGCUGAAGGUCCACCUAUCAAAUCCAUGUCUCCAGUUUAGAGACACUGAAGUUUUUGUGGGACAGUGUCAUGCUUUGCACAAGUUCAGUUGCUCUUUUCUUAUCCACCAUUGUCGUAACUCUGUUGUAGAAGGCCAUUCAAUCUGUCAGGCAUGACUUGCCUUUAGCAAAGCCAUUUACUUCGUCAUCUUACCAAGAACCAAGGUGGGACUUCCAGGCUUAUGGUUCCCUGGGUCUUUCUUAUUUCCCUUUUCACAAAUGUAGGCUAUAUUUCCACUUUUCAAGCAAAGCUUUAGCUUUCAGAGUUUCAUACACUUGGGGCACUCAGAAAACCUCUUCCUUCCAGGCUGCAUGUUGUUACUUCCACCCUCUGUAGCAUCUCUUUAAUUUUUUGAGUUCAUCCAGGAGUUCCUUGUUCAUCUAAUGACACUUUUGCCUGACUUCCUCUUUGUUGGGAUAAUCACUCCUGACCUUGGAGAAGGUGAUCCUUGAAUACCAACCACCUUUCCUGGGUCCCUCUUCCCUCCAGGGCUUUAUCCCAUGAAUACUCUAUGAGGCAGAUCUCUGAGGAGGCCAGAAUCUGCUUUCCUGAAGUCCAGGGUAGUGAGCUUUCUGUGCACCUUCCUUGCUGCCCUAAGGAUCUUAAACUCCAUUUUGUGGUCCACUUGAGGCUGCCCUCGAGCUUCACAUACCCUGUCAGCCCCUCCUUGUUGGGAGAAAAAGGUUCAGCACAGCACCUCCUCUCCUUGGCUCCUCUGUCACUUGAAGAAGGAAGUUACAGUCAAUGCAUUCCAGGAAGCUUCUGGAUUGUUUAUGUGCUGCUGUGUUGACAGAUAUUAGGAUGGUUGAAGAUCCCCAUGAGGAACAAGGUUUGUGUACAUGAGGCUUCUCCUCUCUGUCUGUAAGGGGCCUCAUCUUCUCUGUCUUCCUGGUCAGACAAUCUUUAGCAGACCCCCCACUAUAAAGGCUCUUGUCCCUUGCCUGCCUUUAGCCUUUAAUCCUGACCCAUUAACUCUCAGUCAGCUCCUCAUCCAUCCCCAGCUGAAGAUCCAUGAUCUCCAGCUGGUCACUAAGAGGACAACACCGCCUCCUUGCCUACAUUUCCAGUCUUUCCUGAAGACCCUACAUCCUUACAUUCCAGCACUCCACUCUUUGGAGCCAUCCCACUGUGUGUCCAUCAUAUACCAAUGAGGUCAUAGGCAUCCCCACACCUCUAACUCUUCUUGUUUAUUGCCCUUCUUACGUGCUAUUGCAUAGAUGCUUUGGAGUUGAGACCCUAAUGAAGCCGACUUACUGGCUGGAACAGCUGGAAUUUCUUUGUGUUGUUCUUCUGGUGCUUUUCUGCUGAACUGUGAUCCCUCUUCAGACUCUGGAAAUCUAUUGCUGGCACUGGCACCAAACUGGAAGGAGUGGGAUGGACUGAGGUUCUCUUCCCCCUGGCAUCUUUAGUUUAAAACCCUUCUCACCAGCUUGGUGAGACUGUGGCAGAAAAUGCUCUUGCCCUCUUGUAACAGAUGGACUCUGUCAGCCCUCAGUUAGACCCAGUUUCUGAAAGCAAGUUGUCUUGGGUUACAAUACAGGAUGUGAUAAAAGGUAUCCAUUCUAUCACCAUCUGUUGAGGGUAGGGGCAGUGA